GCGCUGCGGAAGCCGCUAGGGCUGAGGGCCGUCCGCGGCGGGCUGGAGAGCCAUGGACGAAGCGGGCGGCUGUGCGAGCGGCGGGGGCUUCCGACCGGGCGUAAAUAGCCUAGAUGAGCCGCCUAACAGUCGCAUCUUCCUGGUGAUCAGCAAGUACACGCCUGAGUCAGUGCUGAGGGAGCGCUUCUCGCCCUUCGGCGAGAUCCAGGACAUCUGGGUGGUGCGGGACAAACACACCAAGGAGUCCAAGGGCAUCGCCUUCGUCAAGUUUGCCCGCAGCUCGCAGGCCUGCAGGGCCAUGGAGGAGAUGCACGGCCAGUGCCUCAGCCCCAACGACACCAAGCCCAUCAAGGUUUUCAUUGCUCAGUCCAGAUCAUCUGGAAGUCACCGAGAUGUUGAAGAUGAAGAGCUUACAAGAAUCUUUGUUAUGAUACCAAAAUCCUACACAGAAGAAGAUCUACGGGAAAAAUUUAAGGUAUAUGGAGAUAUCGAGUAUUGCAGCAUUAUUAAGAAUAAAGUCACUGGAGAAAGUAAAGGUUUGGGCUAUGUGCGAUACUUAAAACCAUCACAAGCUGCCCAAGCAAUAGAAAACUGUGAUCGAAGUUUUAAGGCAAUCUUGGCUGAACCUAAAAAUAAAGCGUCUGAAUCCUCUGAACAAGAUCAUUAUAGUAGUAUGAGGCAGGAGACUUUGGGACAUGAACCUAGAGUAAAUAUGUUUCCGUUUGAACAACAACCUGAAUUUGCAAGUUUUGAAAAGAAUGACAACAGAGGACAGGAAGCUAUCUCCAAACGCUUGUCAGUUGUAUCAAGAGUUCCUUUCACUGAGGAGCAGCUUUUCAGCAUUUUUGAUAUAGUACCAGGAUUGGAAUAUUGUGAAGUUCAACGAGAUCCUUAUUCAAAUUAUGGUCAUGGAGUGGUUCAAUAUUUUAAUGUAGCAUCAGCUAUUUAUGCAAAAUACAAAUUACAUGGAUUUCAGUACCCUCCUGGAAAUCGAAUAGGUGUUUCCUUCAUUGAUGAUGGGAGUAAUGCAGCAGAUCUCCUUAGAAAAAUGGCAACGCAGAUGGUAGCAGCACAGCUUGCAUCAAUGGUGUGGAAUAACCCAAGUCAGCAACAGUUUCUGCCUUUUGGAGGAAGUUCCGGAUCGCAGUUGCCUCAAAUCCAAACAGAUGUUGUACUUCCACCAUGCAAAAAAAAAGCCCCUCCUGAAACUCCUGUGAAAGAAAGACUUUUUAUUGUGUUUAAUCCUCAUCCUUUACCCUUAGACGUAUUAGAGGAUAUAUUCUGUCGUUUCGGUAACCUGAUCGAAGUUUACCUUGUGUCAGGAAAAAAUGUGGGGUAUGCCAAGUAUGCAGAUAGAAUAAGUGCUAAUGAUGCCAUUACAACUUUACAUGGAAAGAUCCUGAAUGGGGUCAGGCUUAAAGUUAUGCUAGCAGAUUCCCCAAGAGAAGAAUCUAACAAACGGCAAAGAACAUACUGAUUCUUGAGAAACAGUAACUCAAGAAUACAUGGAUCCUGGGAACUGAAGGUAUGGUAUUGCUAGGGGAUCAGAAAUAUUUAAUUAAAAUGUGAAGUUACAGUUUAUUCAUUACAGUAACCACACUUUGACUUCGUAUAAGUUAAAACUUGUCCUCAGGAGAAAACGCAGUCCCCGCUAUGUUUUAAGAAAGUUACCAGGCCUUGUAAAAAUAUAGUUGAGUGGUUAUCACAGGAAAAGGGAACUCUGACUAUCGUGCAGAUGGUUAAAGUGCUCAGCUGCUAACCAAAAGGUUAGCGGUUCAAGUCCAUCCAAAGGUGCCUCAGAAGAAAGGCCUGGUGGUCUAGUUCUGAAAAAUCACCCAUGGAAAACUGUUGAGUUGGCGAUGCUUUUGGUGUGAAUAUUUUCACCAAAACUAAAAAAAAAAAAAGAAAAACUCUAUGCAGUACAGUUCUAUUCUGACACACAUGAAAUUUUCAUAAGCCAGAAUUGACUUGAUGGCAACCGGUUGGUUAUGGCUAAAAUGAAUUGUAGCCAAUAUCUGGGUGGUAAGGUUCAUGUGAGCUAGCUAACCCACAUGUUAACCAAGACUGCAAAAUUUAGCAUCCAUAGAGACUGCCAAUCUGACCAUAUUGCUGCAGAAACGGUGGAAGGAAGGCAGCAGAAGACUUUUAAUAAAAUUAUUUAUAUGUGAAAUACAAGAGUUGCGUGGACAGGCAAGGACUUUUUUCCAUAAAAAUGGAACAGAAUAUUGAGCACAGUAGGGCAACCAAAGUGCUUACUCAGAUAAUCCUAUGAGUCUCUACUUAUUGAAUUCUCGUUCCUCUAUCUCCGUGUCUGAUUUUGUAGGUAAAUGAUGCUGCAAUUAACUGAUUUUUUUGUUCUUAUAUUAUUUUCCAGAAUUACCAAUACACAUAUCACAGUAUUCAAUAGCACAAAGUUCUUUGGGGUUUGUUAGUUUUUUAAUGCUAAAAGAAGGGAAUUGAAGUCAGCUACUUUGAAGUCAUCUGAUGUCUGCUAAUUAAGCCCUCCACUGCUAACUGAAAGGUUGGCAGUUUGAAUCCACCAGCCGCUCUGUGGAAGAAAGAUGAGGCAGUCUGCUUCUGUAAAGAUUGCCUUGGAAACCCUAUGGGGCAGUUCUACUCUGACUUUUAGGGCCACUAUGAGUUGGAAUCAACUCCACACCAAUGGUUUUUAUGGAAUUUAGUAGAAGAUCUGCCUGUUGUGUUAGUUUUUGACUCUAGGAGAAGUUGGUUUUGCAUUCUUACAUCGUUGCUCCAUUGACACAAAAGACUUUCUUCUCUUUCCACAUCUGUACAUUAGGAUAACUUAAGAAAUACAAGUGCCAAUGUGAUGUUUUAGGGAAGGUGAGAAAGGAGAUAAUUUUUUACUUGUAGGACUGGCUUUAAGAGAAUUCUGCAGUAGUUUCUGAGGGCACUAGACAGGCUGACCUGCUUGGCAAUGUCAAGAUUAUAACAACUAGACAAAAAAGAGUAUGCCAGAAGAGACAACUUUUAUCUUGCUUGAUCAUCAGAAACUCUUGCCAGGGCUGAUCUACCAUUAGGUAUGAUCUUGGCUUAAACCUAUCAAGAGAAAUUCCUAACAGAGCUCAUUUCUUCCCACUUUUACUCUAAAUACAGAAAUGUUAGGCAAUAAGGAGCCUAUACCAGGCACUGAAAUGUAGUCCCAUCUAUCACCUACCUCAGUCUUGCUUCACUACAAUAACUCAGAAGAAAUAUUUCAUGAAAAAGAAUGGAAUUAGAUCUCCUUUACAUCAUAUUGAAAGAUUAGCAAUGUACCUGGGAUACCCAGCUUCCAUUUAAUAGCUUUCAGUCACUUGUAACAUAGAAAUUUGUCAUGUUUUCUAGAUCUUGUUGAUAUUUUUAGCAUUCAGUUCCCCAAAAGCAAGUUUCAUACGUGUUAGCCACAUUGCCUCUGUGGACCUGUUUUCUCAUCUAGAAAAUAAGAUUGGUAAUAAUUAUUUGUGUAAAUACAAAUAUCUAUUUGUCUACAGAAAAACCCAUGAAAACAUUCAAAUAGAAAAAAAUAUCAGUCAUAGAAACUUACGUAAGAAUAGUGGAAAUGAGAAGGGAUUUCUACUAAAUAAAGUACAAAGGAGUUUGUUUUUUUUUGUUUUUUAAGUGACUGACUCAGAUUUCAUAUCAAGUGACUUGUCAGUAAAGCAAGAUGGUACCUUAGCUUCCCAGGUUUUAGCACUCACUCAUCUAUGCCAAGAAAUAGGGAAGACAGCUUCCUGGCCAACUGACAGGAAGAGAUCUAUAUUUAUGCCUAUUCCCAAGAAAGGUGAUCCAACCGCAUGUGGAAAUUAUAGAACAAUAUCGUUAAUAUCACACGCAAGCAAAAUUUUGCUGAAGAUCAUUCAAAAAUGGCUGCAGCAGUAUAUUGACAGGGAACUGCCAGAAAUUUCAGGCUGGUUUCAGAAGAAGACGUGGAACCAGGAAUAUUGCUGCUAUCAGAUGGAUCCUGGCUGAAAGCAGAGAAUACCAGAAAGAUGUUUACCUGUGUUUUAUUGGCUAUGCAAAGACAUUCGACUGUGUGGAUCAUAACAAAUUAUGGAUAACAUUACGAAGAAUGGGAAUUCUAGAACAUGUAAUUGUACUCAUGAGGAACCUUUACACAGAUCGAGAGACAGUUGUUCGGACAGAACAAGGGGAUACUGAUCGGUUUCAAGUCAGGAAAGAUGUGCGUCAGGGUUGUAUUAUUUCACCAUACCUAUUCAAUCUGUAUGCUGAACAAAUAAUACAAGAAGCUGGACUAUAUGAAGCAGAACGGGGCAUCAGGAUUGGAGGAAGACUCAUUAACAACCGGUGUUAUGCAGGUGACACAACCUUGCUUGCUGAAAGUGAAAAGGACUUGAAGCACUUACUAAUGAAGAUCAAAGACCACAGCCUUCUGGAUUGCACCUCAACAUAAAAUAAAAAUCCUCAUAAUUGGACCAAUGAGCAACAUCAUGAUAAACAGAGAAAGGAUUGAAGUUUUCAAGGAUUUCAUUCCACUUGGAUCCACAAUCAACAGCCAUGGAAGCAGCAGUCAAGGAAUGAAAAGACACAUUGCAUUGGGUAAAUCUGCAAAGGACCUCUUUAAAGUGUUGAAGAGCAAAGAUGUCACCUUGAAGACUAAGGUGCACCUGACCCAAGCCAUGGUGUUUUCAAUUGCAUCAUAUGCAUGUGAAAGCUGGACAAUGAAUAGGGAAGACUGAAGAAGAACUGACGCCUUUGAAUUGUGGUGUUGGCAAAGAAUACUGAAUAUACCAUGGACUGCCAAAAGAACGAACAAAUCUGUCUUGGAAGAAGUACAACCAGAAUGCUCCUUAGAAGCAAGGAUGGCGAGACUGUGUCCUUUGGACGUGUUGUCAGGAGGGAUCAGUCUCUGGAGAAGGACGCCAUGCUUGGCAAGGUACAGGGUCAGCGGAAAAAAGCAAGACCCUCAAUGAGGUGGAUUGAGACAGUGGCUGCAACAAUGAGCUCAAGCAUAACAACGAUUGUAAGGAUGGCACAGGACCUGUCAGUGUUUCAUUCUAUUGUGCAUAGGUUCAGAACCGACUCGACGGCACCAAAGAACAACAACAUUACAUAUGAGAAGGCUCUACCAAUAAUCUGAGACAGAUACUGAGAGUCCCAUCAUAAUAGACUAUUCUGCAUUACUUCACUGAUGAUACUGAAGCUACAGUGUCUUGAAGCCUUUGCUUAAUCAACAGAACCACAGUUGGCAUAUACCUGGGCGGUGGGAUCAUAAAAGAGAUCCCACCUCUGACUAGAAGAGCAAUUCUGAGUAACAAAGGCAGCAUAAGGGGCCCAGAAAGAUUUCUUAGCUUCUGUACAUCAGCUGUUUUAAAAUACUUAAAACAGGAUUUAGAAAAAAAAAAAUCUGAAACAUGUUCUUUCUAGCCUCUUCUCUCCUAAGAACAUUGGUCUUAUUGCAAGAAAAUCCUUUACUCUGUUGUUUAUGGGUUGUACCCUAAGCCUAGAUCUGAUGGGCCUCCUUGGAUUUCCUAGAGGAAUGAAGUGGGUCUAAAUUUGGUGACCACCUGUUGGAUUACAUCAUCUCCUCAGUGGACUAUAAAAGAGCUAGCUGAUAACAAUCCUCAGAGCCUGACAUUUCCCCUGAAAUUGCCUUAGAUAAAUCUAUCCUCAUUCAGAAAUGAGUAAGUAAAUGGGUAGGAGAUUUAAACAGUCAUGCACAAAAGAAUACCACAAAGGGAUGGCACUUUGUUUUUUUUUGAUGGAGAAAGGGCAGAGGAAUGUUAGGUAAAUUCCUUAUUUUUUAUAAAGAAAUUCUUUUUUACUUUAAUAUUUAAAUAUAAGUUUAAGAAUCUUCAAAACAAGUGUUCAACCAAAUUAGUUAUCAAGGAAAUACAAAUGAAAACUGCAAUACCAUACCCUCACACCUGUAAGAACAGCAAAAAUUUAAAAAUCGACAAUACCAAGUGUUGGUGAGGGUAUGGAGCAACAGGAACUGUCAUGAACUGCUGGUGGGACGUGUAAAUUGCCCAGUUACUUUGGAAAAUGUUUGACAGUAUCUACAAAAGUUGGACAUUUGUAUACCUUCAGCAAUUCCAUUUCUAGGCAUAUAUCCAACAGAGAUGUGUACCAAAAGACAUACCAGAAUAUUCUUAGCGGCAUUACAGUAGCUUCAAAUUGCAAAUGAUCCCAGUGUCCAUCAAUAGAAUGCAUGUAAUGGGAUACUGUGCAGCAAGGAAAUGAACUCACUUUUGCUACAUACAACAGUUUGGAUGAAUCUCACAAACAUAAUGUUGAGCAAAAGAAGCCAAGCCAAAAAUAAAAUGUGCUUUAUGAUUUCCAUUCAUAGAAAUCUCAAAAACAAGCAGACCUUCCCUUUUGGGCAUAAUAGAGUGGGAAGGCGGGCAUAAAGGGAGUUUAUAAUAUAAUCUGAUAAUCUCUUGACCAGGGUGGUUGGUGUUCACUUUAUGAUACCUUUCUGAACUGUACUCUAUGUAGUGGAGCCCCAGUGGCACAGUAGUUAAGAGUUCGGCUGCCAACCAAAAGGUUGAAGUUUGAAUCCACCAAGCUGCUCCUUGGAAACCCUAAUGGGACAGUUCUCCUUUGUCCUAUGGCAUCACUAUGAGUCAAAAUAGACUCGACGGCAAGGGUUUUUUCCCCCUGUGGUUUAUGUAUUUUGCUGUAUCAAGAACUUUAAAGUUUUUGUUUCUUGAUGAGCAAAGAAAAAAUCAGCAAAUUUUAUGUGCCAGUUCUGCAGUGUGAGAGGAGCAAUGCCCUGAGGCAUUUAGAAGUAAGGGCUUUCUUUAUUCUUUCAAUGGAUGUAUAACAGGAAAUAUUAGAAAACAUCUGCUUCGCCUCCUGUUGUGGUGUAAGAGGGCAUUUUAAUGACGAGGGCGAGGUAGGAGUCAGGGACUAGAAAAAAAGGUGAGAAGCUAAAUUGAAUUUUGUUUCAGGAGCAGUAAAUAGUAAUAGCCCUGAAGAAAAUCUAAUCCGUGAUGAAAAACUAUGAAUGUCAAACUGCUUUUCAGAACCCUAGGGGUUCACAUGAGCCCAGAAGGGACAUGUGGAGGUGUCUCUCCUUGUCUGUCAAUCAGAACAGAUCUGCCUUCAUCAGUGUUACAUGUUGUGCCUAAUAAGCUUUCCUUUAAGAGAUUCUGCAGCUUAAAUAAGUUAAAAUAAACCAGCACCUUCAGUAAGGGAAGACGCACAGAUAAAAAUGACUGAUCACAGAGAUUUCUUUGAAUAAUAGGUGUUCUCAAAGAAGAUGACAAAACAAAUGAAACAAUAAUCAGUUUUAAUAGAAGAAACCUUGUUGAUCUGAAAAGAGCUCAAGUCUGAAGGUCCUCUAGUACACAUUAAAUGCCAGCUGGAAUGAAGCAAAGUCUAUAGAGUUGUUGUAGUUCAAGAUUUCACCACUCAUCCAAGUUGUGAAGGUAACAGACAUUUUGUGAUAUGCAGCAUACUACUCCUUUACCAUUUCUUGACAAAAUUACUUGAAUAUAAUUAUGAGACUACCAAGAUGAAUCAAAAUUAAGAAUAAAAGAAUGAGAAAGACCAGUUGGUGAGUACUGAAGUCAGUGAAACUAUGAGGAUAAUAAAGAUAAUUGUUGUAAAUGUGA